GUUUCCGCUAGGCCUCCACUCGUAUCACUCCGUGUUAACUAGCGAACUAAGCCAAGCAAACCCUUGUUUUUUCAAACUGGGAAACCUUAGUUACUGUUCCCUAAUACCAUAUCUCUAAUAGCGGGUGGGAAUGGUUUUAUUUAUUAUGCGAAUGUGCGGUUACUAGCCGCCUUGAUACGAACUGGCUAACGUUAGCCGAUCAAGGCGGUCGUUUCUAAUUAUCAAUUAAACUAAGCUUGUUCGCCGUAACCAGUUUAUACCAUGCCAUUAUACUAUCUGGAUAGCUGUCUACAGCAUGGAACUGCGAUUCGUUUUGAUCUUGUAUUUGGCAAACGGAGGCCAUGGCUCGCGGGCAACAGAAGAUUCAGUCCCAACAGAAAAACGCAAAGAAAGCGGCGGAGAAGAAGAAACAACAGGGAGCAGACCAGAAAACUGCGGCCAAAGCUGCAUUGGUCUUCACCUGUCCUGUUUGCCGGACCCAGAUGCCAGACCCCAAGACGUUCAAGCAGCACUUUGAGAGUAAGCACCCCAAAUCCCCCAUGCCCCCCGAGCUGGCUGAUGUGCAAGCCUGAGGAAGCUCAGCGAUGGACUGACGACAUCUGGGACUGGGGUUGUUGGACACGUGAUAUGAAAACAUGGACCGAAGAAUGGGCCUGGCAGCCUGCAGUAUUUUAAUGCAAAAGCAGCGUAAAAGCAGCGUGGGUAGGGCUGAGGGUGGAGGACGGGGUGGACGGCCGCAGCAGCAUUCUUAACAUUUUGUUUGAUUUCUGUUUGUUUUUGCAUCAUUCCCCAGUGGUGCUGCACUUUGAUUCCACGUACACCCCAACACCCUCUGUGCGUUUACCCUGCUCCAUAAGCAACAUGUUCCACAUGAUUACAGAUGGACCUGGCACAAUGUUGGCAUUAAUGUAUAUGUGUGUGUUUGUGUAAAAGAGAGGGGGUGGGUUUAUUGUUACACCUUUCAGGCAGGAUAGAAAUGUGACUCGGGUCACCUGGAAGUCCAGGCUGCUGCUAGCCUCCUUUUGAAGGCGGAGUACCUGAAGUGAUUGAGCCAAUGGCAUCACUGAAAAGACCCUUUGUAAUGUAAUGAAGACAUGGAGCCAGUAUUCAUUUUCCCCCUCCCUAUCUGCAAAGCCAGCAUUUCCAUCUGUGUCAGUAAUCUACCUGUCCAUUUGUCCAAAUGUAUUAAUUCUGAAAUUGUGUUUGCUCCUCACUGCCCAAAGAAGACUGCUGUAAAGGUGUCAAUCAAGAAAAACACUAGAUUAAUGUCAUCUCGGUUAUAAUUCCUCCUUCAGUCAGUCUGCCUGUUUUAGGUGUUUUGUCCCCCCUCCCAUAUCAGUAAAUGUGUUAAUAUAAAUAGACCUAGCCCUUAAUUUCCCCACAUAAAAGGUGAAUCAAAUGUGUGUCCAUAUUCUCCGGUUCCAUUUGCCGAUGCAUUGGGGUAGAGCAGGCAGAAGCUUUGGUGUCCAAGGCAGCUGACAUGCCACAAACCCCUCUGUAUAGGGACAUGAGGGUCCCUGUGAACUGCAAUUCUCGCAAGAAAUGUUUGAAAUUCCUACGGUCGCUUUUCUCCUCGCAGUGGCUUCCAUUGUUUUCCUGCACUGAAAGACUGUUAGCAGCAUUGUUUUUACACAUGCCGAUUCUGCUUAUGUGGCCUGAUGCCUGGAUCCCUAUCCACAGCUGUGGCUGAUAAUCCUCUCCUUUGAGGUCAGGGUGAUCUAAACAGCUUGGAAAUCCUUUGUAUUACCCGGACUGUGUUUCCGUGUACAUCAAAAAGAACCACGGCGGGCUUGGCCUGAUGAGAUCCGGCAACAUGGGCAAAAAAAAAAACAUAACCAGAACAUGGUUACGGUUCUCCAAUUUAUUUUCUUAAGUCAAUGCAGCAUGAAAAUGCAUCCCUAACCUCUAGGCUUCUAUAACUGCCCACAAGUUUUUGAUUUUCUACUGAAAGAAAACUGGGCGGGGGGUGGGAGGGGGGAGUGCAAGGACAUUCAAUCCUGUGAUUAUUGACCUUCUGUACAUAUCUACUGCAAAAAAAAAAAAAUCCUUGAAAUUUUUCAUGGCUACUAACUUGUACUAGAUAAUGAAAAAUAAAGUGAGUACAAAGUU